AUGUUGACACGGCAGUGGUCCGCUAUUCUUUCCUUCCCGCCCCUUCAGCCUCCUGGCCAUUGCGUUGCACGAAACCCUGGAGCCUGCGCGGUGUCCGGGCAAGGUGUUGACCCAGUGGUCCUCGAUCCUUUCCUUCGCCAAUUCCCUCAGUCCUGGCCACUGUGUUGCACGAAUCCCUGGAGCGCGGUGUCCGGGCAAGGUGUUGACUUAGUGGUCCUCGAUCCAUCUCGAUCCUUUGCUUCGCCAAUUCCUUCAGUCCUGGCCACUGUGUUGCACGAAUCCCUGGAGCCUGCGCGGUGUCCGGGCAAGGUGUUGACCCAGUGGUCCUCGAUCCUUUCUUCCCCGCCCUUCUGUCCUGGUCAUGGUGUUGCACGAAACCCGGGAGCCUGCGUGGUUGUGUUGACGCAGUGGUCCUCGAUUCUUUCCUUCCCCGCCCCUUCAGUCCUGGUCAUUGUGUUGCACGAAACCCUGGAGCCUGCAUGGUGUCCGGGCAAGGUGUUGACGCAGUGGUCCUCGAUUCUUUCCUUCCCCGCCCGUUCAGUCCUGGUCAUUGUGUUGCACGAAACCCUGGAGCAUGCGUGGUGUCCGGGCAAGGUGUUGACGCAGUGGUCCUCGAUUCUUUCCUUCCCCGCCCCUUCAGUCCUGGUCAUUGUGUUGCACGAAACCCUGGAGCCUGCGUGGUGUCCGGGCAAGGUGUUGACGCAGUGGUCCUCGAUUCUUUCCUUCCCCGCCCCUUCAGUCCUGGUCAUUGUGCUGCACGAAACCCUGGAGCCUGCGUGGUGUCCGGGCAAGAUGUUGACGCAGUGGUCCUCGAUUCUUUCCUUCCCCGCCCCUUCAGUCCUGGUCAUGGUGUUGCACGAAACCCUGGAGCCUGCGUGGUGUCCGGGCAAGGUGUUGACGCAGUGGUCCUGGAUUCUUUCCUUCUCCCGUGUUGACGCAGUGGUCCUCGUGUUGACGCAGUGGUCCUCGAUUCUUUCCUUCCCCGCCCCUUCAGUCCUGGUCAUUGUGUUGCACGAAACCCUGGAGCCUGCGUGGUGUCCGGGCAAGGUGUUGACGCAGUGGUCCUCGAUUCUUUCCUUCCCCGCCCCUUCAGUCCUGGUCAUUGUGUUGCACGAAACCCUGGAGCCUGCGUGGUGUCCGGGCAAGGUGUUGACGCAGUGGUCCUCGAUUCUUUCCUUCCCCGCCCCUUCAGUCCUGGUCAUUGUGUUGCACGAAACCCUGGAGCCUGCGUGGUGUCCGGGCAAGGUGUUGACGCAGUGGUCCUCGAUUCUUUCCUUCCCCGCCCCUUCAGUCCUGGUCAUUGUGUUGCACGAAACCCUGGAGCCUGCGUGGUGUCCGGGCAAGAUGUUGACGCAGUGGUCCUCGAUUCUUUCCUUCCCCGCCCCUUCAGUCCUGGUCAUUGUGUUGCACGAAACCCUGGAGCCUGCGUGGUGUCCGGGCAAGGUGUUGACGCAGUGGUCCUCGAUUCUUUCCUUCCCCGCCCCUUCAGUCCUGGUCAUUGUGUUGCACGAAACCCUGGAGCCUGCGUGGUGUCCGGGCAAGGUGUUGACGCAGUGGUCCUCGAUUCUUUCCUUCCCCGUGUUGACGCAGUGGUCCUCGAUUCUUUCCUUCCCCGUGUUGACGCAGUGGUCCUCGAUUCUUUCCUUCCCCGCCCCUUCAGUCCUGGUCAUUGUGUUGCACGAAACCCUGGAGCCUGCGUGGUGUCCGGGCAAGGUGUUGACGCAGUGGUCCUCGAUUCUUUCCUUCCCCGCCCCUUCAGUCCUGGUCAUUGUGUUGCACGAAACCCUGGAGCCUGCGUGGUGUCCGGGCAAGGUGUUGACGCAGUGGUCCUCGAUUCUUUCCUUCCCCGCCCCUUCAGUCCUGGUCAUUGUGUUGCACGAAACCCUGGAGCCUGCGUGGUGUCCGGGCAAGGUGUUGACGCAGUGGUCCUCGAUUCUUUCCUUCCCCGCCCCUUCAGUCCUGGUCAUUGUGGUGCACGAAACCCUGGAGCCUGCGUGGUGUCCGGGCAAGGUGUUGACGCAGUGGUCCUCGAUUCUUUCCUUCCCCCGCCCCUUCAGUCCCCACCUGGCCAUGCUGUUGCAAAGUCCCCCGAUUUGGGGGAACUUCGGCUACAUUGGGUUUCUGGCCUAG